ACUAGCUGUGCCCUGCCUCACCCUCAUAGACCCCCUCUAGUUCCCACAGAUUGACUCCCCCACUCACUGUUCCCUUGGGGAAGACAUCACAUCUCUCGACCCUCUGUAUUCCACUAUGUCCACAGGCCUGGCCCGCCUUCUCGUCUGCUCUCCGGGCCACCCAGCCCUCACUUGCACCGCCUGUCCCCUCUCCCGUCUUUCAGAGACCCGCUCUGGGAGUCUGGCUGUGACGGGUCUGGGAGUCUGGAGCCUUUCCCAUGGCGGGAGAACAAGGGGUCUGUGGAAAUCAUGAGAAAGGACUUGAAUGAUGCCCGGGACCUGCAUGGCCAGGCGGAGUCAGCAGCUGCAGUGUGGAAGGGACACGUGAUGGACCGUAGGAAGAAGGCACUGACUGACUACAAGAAGCUGCGGGCCUUCUUUGUGGAGGAGGAGGAGCACUUCCUACAGGAGGCUGAGAAGGAGGAGGGGCUACCUGAGGACGAGCUGGCUGACCCCACUGAGCGGUUCAGGUCACUGCUGCAGGCGGUGUCGGAGCUGGAGAAGAAGCACCGGAACCUGGGCCUCAGCAUGCUGCUGCAGGUUGGGGAUCCCCGCUGGGUCUGUCCACCAUCAGGCCAGGGUGGACGUAGGCAGCAGCGAGCCACUGGGGGGCCAUUGCCUGAGGUCAAGGCUUAAAAGCCCAGCCUGACUCCCACUGCUGUGGCCUUGCAGGGCUGAUUUUGGGAAUGGGUGGGUGGUCAAGGAAGGUGGUAGGAAGGGAUUUUAAGUUGAGAAGGGUCCGAGGUGUCCCUGACCUUCACAAGGGAGGACACUUGGUAUCCCAAGUGCCUGAGGCUUCUGCCUCGCCCUAGGGUUCUGAAGGCAGAAGCAGGCAAGAAACUCAGCCUCAGGGCUUUUCUUCUGCCUCUGCCCAGGGCCUGGCCUGAACCCCAGAGCCCGCAGCAACCCAGAUGGCCCUGAAUGGUUCAAUUGCCUGUGCCAGCCAUAGGUGACAAGGCUUUGGCCUUGGGGAGACAGAAGUCUGGGCUAGGCCCUGGGUUGGUUGUGCUCAGGACAGUACCUCAUGCACUGUCUCAUGUGCACUCUCUCUUGCUCUCUCUCACUCUCUCCUUUUGUCUUUGUCUCUGCCUCUGUGUGUCUCUUUCUCUGUUGUUUUGUGUCUCUGUCUUUCCCUCUACCUUCCCAUGCAGUGAUGGCGCCAACCGGCGGCAGUCCCAGAGUUGGAGGCAGGAGGGGAUGGAUCCUCAUCUCCUUGGGAAGUGUCAGCGUGUGACUGUCAGGGAAGCGUGGAAGGCGCCCGGCCUUGGGUCCGUCUAUAUAGUUGUGUGUUUCAAGAAUGUCCCUUUAUCCUUCACCCUGAGGCGUGAGUGUUUUGGGGGCUACGAACACCUCCCGGUAGAGGCUGGACCUGAGGACCCUUCCGACCUGUGCCCGACCCUUCCUGAAGUCCUGGCCACAGCCCAUCUUCCAUGAGUCCCAGCAGCUCUGGGCCAUGCCCUUCCUCUGUCACCUAUCUGCCCCUCACCUUGUCAUCCACGGACCCAGACCCUGCACCUUCCAUGCGGGCCCACAGAUCCUUGGCAGGUACCUGAGGUGCACCAUUGAGUGUCGAAUUUGGGGUUAACAUCUAGAAAGAAGAACGCACAUGAGGCUCUGUGAAGGCUGGAACUCAGGUCUUCAGGGAAGAGAAAGGAAGACUGGAUUGCACCUUGAUGCCUCCUGAGGAGGCAGCCCUCCUCUUGAGGUGGGCUUGGGCCCCGCCCAGCCUUAUCCGCGUCGCUCUGUCCACCUCCCCGUUCCUGGCCCCCACCCUGCCUCUGUGUCUCCCAGAAGCCCUCCCUGUGCUCCACCUGCCUCCGUAGAAGGAACUCUCUUUCUCCUUUUUCCUGGGCGAGGGGGCUGGCAGGUGGCUAACCCCAUUUAGCAUCUCCAGGCCCUGCCAUGGUGUCUCAUCUUGCUGUUCUCUCUGGCUCUUUCUCUCUUCCCAUUUCCUUUAGUAGUUGAAUUUUGCAAAGCUCGUAGCAGUAGCUCAGUUGCCUGCAGCAUCCUUGUGUGUAGAUAAAUUCGUCUAGUCGACAGAAACUCAGCACUGGGGACAGGAUUGCAAAGUCUGGGACAUAGAUGCAGGCAGAUGUUGAGAUUUGGGUAUAGCUGGGCUUGUGAGCAGUGCCUGUUUCCAGAUGAAGCCUUUCAGCCUUUCCGAGUCCCUGGCCUUUGGUGCGAUGUCUGUGAGUUUGACCUACCCAGCGUGUGGGCUGGUUCAAUGUUGAAUAAAGUGAGUUUGUGUCA